GGUUCAAAUCGUUUAGCUUUGUGAUACUGGGAGAGCGAAUAAUGGGGUAUAUUGGGGCUCAUGGUGUCGCGGCGCUACAUAGACACAAGUACAGUGGUGUGGAUCACUCAUAUUUGGCCAAAUACAUCUUACAACCAUUCUGGACUCGAUUUGUGCAAUUUUUUCCUCUCUGGAUUCCUCCAAAUAUGAUAACACUUACUGGAUUAAUGUUCCUAACUACUUCUGCAUUGCUUGGAUAUCUCUAUUCACCUCGUUUGGAUUUGCCACCACCUAGAUGGGUUCAUUUCAUGCAUGGAUUAUUGCUCUUCUUAUACCAGACCUUCGAUGCUGUGGAUGGGAAGCAAGCAAGACGUACCAAUUCCUCAAGUCCAUUGGGUGAGCUGUUUGACCAUGGAUGUGAUGCCCUCGGUUGUGCUCUUGAAGCCCUUGCUUUUGGGAGUACUGCUAUGUGUGGAAGGUCAACUUUCUGGUUUUGGGUGAUUGCAGCUAUUCCAUUUUAUGGUGCAACAUGGGAAAACUACUUCACCAAUACUCUAAUCCUUCCUGUAGUCAAUGGACCUACUGAAGGCCUCAUGCUGAUCUACUUGUGUCACUUCUUCACAAGUUUUGUCGGUGCCGAGUGGUGGGCUCAUCAGUUUGGAACGUCAAUACCCUUCUUGAGCUGGGUGCCAUAUCUUAGUGGGAUUCCAACCUACCAAGCUGCGCUGUACCUAAUGAUUGCUUUUGCUGUGAUUCCUACGGUUGUAUUCAACAUACAGAAUGUCUAUAGGGUAGUUAAAUUGAGGAAAGGAAGUAUGCUGCUUGCAUUAGCUAUGCUUUAUCCGUUUGUGUUGCUCAUGGUUGGAGUCCUUGUGUGGGACUAUUUGUCUCCAUCUGAUCUACUUCGCAACUAUCCCCAUCUUAUUGUAUUGGGCACUGGACUUGCAUUUGGUUUCCUUGUGGGAAGGAUGAUUUUGUCUCACAUGUGUGAUGAGCCGAAGGGUCUCAAAACUAGCAUGUGUAUGUCUCUUUUGUAUCUGCCUCUGGCCAUUGCAAACGCUUUGACUGCUAGGCUAAAUUAUGGAGUCCCUUUAGUUGAUGAGCUCUUGGUGCUGCUUGGUUAUUGUGCAUUUACUGCUUGUUUGUACGUGCACUUUGCAACAUCAGUCACUCAUGAAAUCACAAGUGCGUUGGGAAUCUACUGCUUCAGGAUUACUAGAAAAGAAGCAUGAGGAACUUAGGUUAAUCUUCGGAGAUUGUUUCGUUUGAAAUGCUAUGGAUCAACCUUUAUGGACUGUAUCUUUAUGAACUCGCUUAGAUUGCAAGUUGUUGAAGAUGUGAUGGCUAUUAUCUGUUGUAUAUUGAUUGAGCCAAGUUACAUAAAUUUUUGCCACCGGGUGAGGAGCGUUAGGCCGCACCCCAAAAACGAAAUGCAAGGGAUUGGAGACAUCAGACAUGAAGUAUCCCAGUGCUGGAAAUUUUGGAAAAUAAUCUUAUACUGUUUGUACUUCGUUUAAGCUGUAGGAAACUUCACCAUUAGUUUUGGUUUGGGUCACCUACAUAAUCACAAGGGUGUCUGUCUUUCAAAUUCUGUGAUGCAUUACUACAGUAGGAAUUUUGCUUGCAAAUGUAAUUAUCCUCGUCUCUAAAGUGAUAGAAAAAAACAAAGCUCUUGAAACAUGUUUUGUAGAGCUCAUCUGUGGGAGAGUUGUCUAUUUUGGUACUGCUGAAGAUUGGA